AUGAUCCAUUUCUUACAAGGUGAAGAAGCCGAAUUCCACACCUAUCAAAUGCAAGAAGACAAAGCCUACAGCAUAGUUAUAAGAAACCUUCACCCAACAACGAACACAGCAGAAAUCAGAACAGCUUUAGAAGAAAAAUCGGUUUUCAAGUACGCCAAAUCACAAAUGUCCUACAUAAGACUACAAAAUUAA